AUGGCUACACUUAGGCCUAAAUCUCCGGGGAGUGUUAAGUCGAAAGGAGCCACCACUGAGCUCGUCGAAGAUGCUCCAUUACAUGACCCGUAUCUUGAACAAUGGCCUCUACUUAGAGAGAAGAGCCCCGAGGAGUUAGCAGCUCUCGAUAAAGCUGUCGUGAAAAAGUUGGACUGGAGAUUUCUGCCAUGCAUGACAGCAAUGCUACUCAUGAAUUAUCUAGACCGUAUUAACGUAUCUAACGCUCGACUAGCGGGAAUGCAACGUGAUUUGAACAUGACGGAUGAGCAAUGGUCAACUGGUAUAUCAAUGUUUUAUGUGGGAUACAUCAUCUCCCAGCUACCGGCCAAUAUUAUCCUGGCUAAGGGAAAUCCUAGAAUCUUGAUGCCAGUGUGUAUGCUGUCCUGGUCCGCUGUGACUAUAUGCAUGCCGGCUCUAAGGUCAGGGUGGGCCUUCAUAUUUACGCGAUUCCUUGCCGGAUUGACUGAAGGUCCUUUCAUCCCCGCAGUAUCCCUUCUAACUAGUUCUUGGUAUACAAAAAACGAGACCCCGCUUCGAAUGGGUAUAUGGCACGCUGGGAACGUUAUAUCAAAUAUCGUUUCUAGUAUGUUGGCGGCUGCCAUUUUGACGAAUAUGAAUGGCAUCGGGAACUUGUCAGCAUGGCAGUGGUUCUUGUUGAUCGAAGGGGUGGUUAGUAUUCUAAUUGCCCUCAUAUCCUUUUGGCUCAUUCCAAAGUGGCCUUCCAAUACUGGAACAUAUUUCUUUACUACGGAGGAGUCGGAAAUGGCACAAUAUCGACAGCAGGUGUCAACCGGCGGGGUAUGUGAAGAUGAUGAGGGAGGAUACUGGAGUGGCUUAGCACUGGCUGUGAAAGAUCCCUUUACGUGGAUGUUCGCAUUACUGCACUUUGCUAUUAUCAUAGGGCAGUCAUUCAAAGACUUCUUCCCAUCUAUCGUCGAUACCUUUGGGUUCUCUAAGAUAGGGACCUACCUUCUACAGGCACCCCCUUAUCUAUUCGGAUACAUUUUUACUCUCGUGAUCGCUUGGUCUAGCGGCCGCAUGCUUGAAUAUACAUGGCAUAUUGCCGGUAGCAUGGCCAUGACUCUAGUCGGAGCUAUCAUCCUGAUAUCUACCCUUGAAACGGGGCCAAGAUUCUUCGGCCUCUUUCUAUUGUGCAGCGGUCCAUUCGCUGCGCUCAAUCUGCAUAUAUCGUGGGAGACCACAGUACUUCCGCGGCCACGCACAAAGAGAGCUGCUGUCGUAGCUAUAGCCAAUGCAGCGAGUAGUAUUAGUCAUUGGUUCACCCCAUAUUUUUACCUAACUUCUCAAGAGCCUAGAUAUGAGACUGGUGGUGGUUGUAUUAUGGCUGGUUGCGGGCUUUCUAUCAUCAUGUGUUUUGUUAUCAAGUGGUGGUGCACACGGAAGAAUAAGGCGUUAAAAACGAGAGAAAUCGAGACAGGGGAGGCGGUAAAUUGGUGGUUUGUAAGUUAA